CAUUCACAAACUAAUGUUGUUGAUUUUAAUACUUCCUUCACUUUUGUUAUAAAUGUAGAGAGAACUUUUAACCCAGCCGACGGAUUGGCCUUCUUCAUCGCACCGGUACAUACUAGGCCGCAAAGUGGUGGUGAGUAUCUCGGAGUUUUCAAUAGGGUUGAUUCUCAAUCUAUUCGCAUUGUUGCCGUCGAAUUUGACACUUUCUAUAAUCCUCCCUGGGAUCCAAGAAACGGAGAUAGACAUAUUGGAAUUAAUGUUAACUCUAUCCAUUCCAAAAGUAUUGCGUCGUGGAUUCUGCGGAAUCGUGGACAGGCUAAUGUUGUGAUAAAAUUUCAUGUUGCUACUAAUGUGUUAAAUGUUGAUUUAACUUAUCCUAAUUUAUUUAGUUAUACCCUUAGUGACGUCGUGUCUUUAAAGGAUGUUGUUCCUGAGUGGGUAAGGAUUGGUAUCUCAGCUACCACUGGAGCAGGAUUUGUAGCACCAGGAUCUGCAGCACAUGAAGUUCUUUCAUGGUCUUUUCAUUCUGAGUUGGGCGGAACAUCAAGUUCUAAUUACCAAGCUGCAGCGGCAUAG